AUGAAAGGGAAAUUAUUAAUCAUUGAGAUUAUUUUUCUUUCUAUUUGUUAUGGUAGUGUUGAAAAUUGUGCUAAAGAAUUUAGUGAAGGAAGAUGUAUUGAGUGUAAAAGUGGAUUUACAUUAAGUGUUUUACCUUCAACAGAAGGAGUUCCUAAAAUAGUUUGUGUCUCUCAAACAACAGAUUCAAAUUGUGAAACAAUAGUUGAUGGAUAUUGUGUAAAGUGUUAUGAUGGAUAUUAUUUAAAAGAUAAUAGUUGUAUUAGAUGUACUGAAAAUUGUGAGUUAUGUAAUGAUUUAGUUUGUUAUAAAUGUAAUGCAACGUAUUUCUUAUCAAUAGACCAAAAAAGAUGUACACAAUGUACUGGAGAUGAUGCACAUGAAUGUGGUAAAUGUAAGUCGGGAUAUUAUUUUUCAGUAGAACAAAAAGCAUGUACAAAAUGUUCAUCAUUUUGUUCAUUAUGUACAGAAUCAGAUAAUUGUUUCCAAUGUACUGAUAAACAUUAUUUAAAUGGAACAUAUAAUUGUCUUGAAAUUGAUCAUUGUGAUAGUAGUAGUAUAAAAGAUGAUCAUUGUGAGAAAUGUGAUAAAAAAUAUCGUUUAAAUGGAGGUGGAUGUGUAGCAUGUACUAUAGAAAAUUGUGAUGAAUGUUUUAUUGAUGAAAAGAAUCAAGAAAAAUGUUUUAAAUGUUUAACAGGAUUUAUACCAUACAAUGGACAAUGUAUUACACUAAAAUCAAUUAAUUGUGAAGUAGGAAGUGAAAUAUAUGGAUGUCAAAGAUGUGUUGAUGGAUAUUUUCUUAAUUCAGAUUUAAUGUGUGAGUCAUGUGAUACAUCAUGUAGUACAUGUAUUACAGAUUCAAAAACAUGUUUAUCAUGUAAAAUUGGAUAUUAUUUUGAUGGAGAUAAUUGUAAAAAAGUUGCAGAUAAUUGUAGUAAAUAUGAUCAAUCAGGAUGUAAAGAAUGUAAAAAUGAUUUAGUUCAUACUGGAUUAUAUAUUCCUGAAGGACAAAAAACUUGUCAUUCAUGUUCAGAGAAUUGUACAUUAUGUGAUAAAGAAGCAGAUCAUUGCACAGCAUGUGUUGCAAAUAAAAUGUUAAAACCAACUGCAGAUGGAACAUUUACAUGUGAAGAUAUGGAUGAUACAUGUGAAAAAGCACAAAUGGGAUAUUGUAUUGAAUGUAAACAAAAUUAUUUUAUUGGAUUAGAUAUGCAAUGUAUUCAUUGUGAUGAAAGUUGUGGUUCAUGUGAAUCAUCAAAUUCAUGUACAAAUUGUGCACCAUAUUAUUAUAGAGGAAAUAAUGGAUCAUUUUGUUCACCUUUUAGUGAAAUUAAUAUGACAUGUUCACCAACAAUGACAGGAUGUGCUGGAAAUUGUAAUAAAGGAUAUUAUGCAGUAAAUACUAGUCAAAUUAAUUGUACAGAAUGUCCAAUUGAACUUAAUUGUAAAAAUUGUAUUUGGUAUUCUGAUUUAGAAGCACCUGGAUGUAAAGAAUGUGAUGAUGAACAACAUUAUCCAAAUAGUACAAAAUAUUGUAUAGAAUGUCAAACUAUAGAACAUUGUUUAUCAUGUGAUAAAAAUGGAUGUAAAAAAUGUGAAAAAGGAUAUAGUCCUAAAGACAAUGGAAUGUGUUCAAAGAAUAAUUUAAAUAUAAUAAUUCCAGUAGUAGUAGUAAUAAUUAUUAUUAUUGUAACAAUACUUAUUAUUAUUAUUGUUAUUGUCUCGUGGAAAAGUAUUCAUAAAAAAAAUACUACUAAAAGUAUUAAACCAUUUAAAGUUACUUCUGAUUUAGAGUUAAGUUUAUUAACAGCAGAUAAUAAAAACUUCCCUUUAAAAACUCAAACCUGGGAAUUAAACUUUGGGUUAGAUAAAAAUAAAGCACUUGUAGAUAAAGAAUAUGAACAAAAUAUUCAAAUUGCUAAUACUACAAAAAAAGCUUAUUUCUUUGAAGUCCUUGCUACUCCAUCUCAUAGGUAUGAUUUAAAAGUAGAACCUCCAAGAUAUACUUUAAAAUCUGGUGAAGCAAUGGAAUUAAAAUUUAAAAUUAAAAUGUUAUGUACUGCUUCUGUUAGUGAUGAAAUUGGUAUUAUUGCUAUGGAUGUUGAUGAUCAAAAUAAAGAAACAGCAAAAAUUAAUUUGAUUAUUGAAUCUGAUCUUUCGUUAAAACUUGACCAUACUGAUUUAACUCCACAAAUGCCACCAAUUGGUGAAGGUGCUUUUGGUAUGGUGUUUAGAGGAACUUAUAGAGGAAGAGAAGUUGCUAUUAAAAAAAUGAAAUCAAGAAAUAUGACUCAAGAACAAGAAAAAGAAUUUAGUCAUGAAGUUUCUAUGUUAACUCAAUUAAGACAUAAAUGUGUUGUAGAAUUUAUUGGGGCAGUAUAUACUGAAGGAGAGAUUGCUAUUGUUACAGAAUUUGCAGAAUAUGGAUCAUUAAGUAAGAUUUGGGGUAAACAUGAAUUAUCAUUUGAAUUAAAAAUAAAAAUAUUAGAUGAUCUUGCAAUAGCAUUACAAUUCCUUCAUCAAAACCAAAUCAUUCAUAGAGAUGUUAAAGGAGAAAAUGUGUUAAUUUAUUCAUUAAAUCCACACAGUGAUGUUUGUGGUAAAUUAACUGAUUUUGGUACUUGUAGAAAUAUUUCUGAAAGAAAUAGAUUAAAUAAAGAACUUACUCAAGGAAUUGGUACUCCUACUUAUAUGGCACCUGAAUGUCUUCAAAACUUUGAUUAUUCAUAUCCUAUUGAUGUUUAUGCUUAUGGUAUUGUAUUAUAUGAAACUUAUAUUGAAAAAGGAGGAUAUUCUGAUGAAAAUGUAUUUGAUCAACCUUGGAAAAUCCCCCAAUUUGUUAUUGAAGGAAAAAGACUUCCUAAACCUGAUGGAAUUCCUGAAAAUUAUUGGCAGUUGACUCAGGAUUGUUGGAGUCAAAACCCUGAAGAUAGACCAACAUUUAUUGAUGUUUUAAAAGAAAUUGAGAAAUGGGGAUUAGAUAUUAAAUAUGCUCUUGUUAUUGAUUGUGAUGAAAAUCCUUCUUCUAAUCAAUUAAUACAGAAGACAACUGCUGUACAAGAUUCAUCUUCAUCAUUAUCAAGCGAUAAUUAA